CUCCCAAAGUGCUGGGGUUACAGGCAUGAGCCAAUUCACUUGGCCCAUUGUAGAAGUUUUAUAGUUUUAGGUUUUACCCUUAGGUCUAUUAUCUGGUAUUUAGUUAAUUUUAGUAUAAGUGCAGGGUGUGAAUCAAAGUAGUUUUUUUUUUUACAUGUAAAUAUCCAAUGGUUCCUGCAUCAUUCGUUAAGAAGACUGCCUUCUGCAGUGAAUUCUCUAUGCAUUUUUUUCCUAAAAGCAGCUGCACGUAUAUGUGCAUAUAUUUCUGAACUCUCUGUUCUAUUAAUCUAUUCACCUACCUUUAAGGCAAAACUGUGCUUCUUUUAAUGAUUGUAGCUUAAUCAUAAGUGUUGAAAUCAGUAGGGUUAGUAUUCUGUUUUGUUCCUUAUUCAUGUUUCUUUGUAUGUAAUGUGUCUUUUUUGUCUGGUACUUUUAAGAUUUUUCUCUUUAUCACUGUGCAAUGGACUGAAUGUGCACUUCGCAAAAUUCACAUAUUGAAACCCCUAAACCCCAAUGGGAUGGUAUUUGCAGCUGGGGCCUUUGGGAGGUGAUUAGCUUGAGAUGAGUUCGUGUUUGUGAGGGUGGGGCCCUCACUCUGGGAUUAGUGCCCUUGUAAGAAGAGACAUCAGAGAGCUUGGCUUCUCCUGCACCCCGUCACCAUCUGAGGACACAGGGAGAAAGCAACGUAUACAAGCCAAGAGGAGAGACCUCACCAGAAACCAGCCAUGCUGGCUCCUUGAUCUUGGACUUCCAGCCUCCAGAACUGUGAGAAAAUAAAUUGCUGUUGUUGAAGGUACCCAGUCUGUGGUCUGUGGCAUUUUGUUAUGGCAGCCAAGCAGACUAAGACAUGGUGGUUUUGAGUGAUUUGAUUAUGAUGUGCUGGUGUAGUUUUCUUUUGCUUAUGCUUAGGAUUUGUUGAGUUUUUUGGAUCUGUUGGUUUAAAUCCCAUCAUGUUGAUAUCGUCUAAAUGUUUAGUUCUGGAUUGUUUUGUAUACACUUACGUUUUUCUUUUUUUCUAAGACGGCACUGUGGGAGUCAUAGCUAUGUCUUUAUCCGUUGAGGCCUCCUGGGUUUGUCUCUGGCGCUCCCCUUUUGUUGCACGCCUUCUUCCAUGAGCGUUUUCAGCUGAGUCCUUAUGUGUCAAUGCUUUUGAAACAUUAUAUGUCUGAAAAUAUUUUUACUAAACCCUCAUAUUUAAAUAAUUUGGCUGGAUGUAAAAUUCUACAUUCAAUACGUUUUCCUUCCAUAUGAUACUGCCUUCUUGUACCUGGUUGCUAUUAUUGUCAGCCUGUUUCUUAAUCCUUCAAGGUGAUUUGUUCUUUUUCUCCAGAAGCUUUUAAAAUUGCUUUUUACAUAAAUUUUAUUUCAAUUAGAUGUGAAUUUUUCAUCUUUCUUUAUUACACCCUACAAGCCAUUUAAAUGUAAGGUUUUUAAAUGUUUUAAAACAUUUGUUGGGGAAAAUUUUAAACACAUGCAGAAAUGGCCAUCAUAGCAUGACAGUGCCCUGGACCCACUGUGCAGCUGCACCAGCUCUCAGCCAUACUUAGUCCUGGCUUCAUCUGGUCCCCACCUGCUUCCUCCCUUCCCACGGUGUUCCAAGCAAAUCUCAGAUGUGCUAUUUCAUUUAAAUGUCAUAAGAUUCUUGUCUCUGUAUCUGAAAAGAAGUAUUUCUAAAAGAUAAUGCCAUUAUUACAAAAUAAUGAACAAUCAUUCCUUAAUAUCAAAUACCCAGCCAAUGUUCAAGUAGCUUUUUAAACUCAAGUCUGUUUGGACCCAGGGUCCAAAUAAGAUCUACACGUUGUGGCUGGAUGGUGUGUGUUUUCUGGGCCUUGUUUAUGUGGUGGUUCCUCCAUGGUGUAGCCUGCUGUGCUCCUUAGCUGGCCAGGCUUGACACGUGUCUGGCUGGGAUUUUCAACCACUCGAGAGACUCCGUGAUGGGUGCCCCACGUCCCUGUCACAUCUUACUCCACCCCUCAUCGUGUGAUGCUGUCACUUCCUAGAUCUGUGUUUUCUUCAGGGCUACAAAUGGGGAACCCCAGAUUCUGCCAUUUCGUCUUUAUUCAAAGGCUGGAAUACUUCCAUAAAGAGAAACUUAUCUUCAUUUACUACUUGGUGCAGGAAAGUUGAGAUAAAUAUUUAAUUCUUUUCAUUUAUUUACUAGUUUUAAAAAUAAUGGGUUGGGGUCACUGGCAUCCUCCUAUGGCAACCAAUUAAUUUUGUUUCCUUUUUCCUUUCCUUUCCUUUUGUUUUAUCUUUUUUUAGUAUCAUAUCUGAUGUUUCAAUCCAUUAUAGCAUUUACCCUUAUUGAUACUCAAAUUUUCCCAUUCUUGGCCAUUGGGAAGCUCUUUGAAUUGGCUCAUGUUGUUUAUUUGACCAUGUCCUUGUUGGCUGUUAGGAUGAGAUGCUCUAGUCUCAUCCUGGGCAUCUCCUUCCCUGCCUUGGAAUCUGCCAUUUCUCAGGAUUUUUAAGAUAUCCACACUGAAGCCGUGCAAGCAGCUUUGGCCAAAUACAAAGAGAGGAAGAUGCCUAUGCCUUCGAAAAGACGCUCUGUUCUUGUACAUUCAUCUGUGGAAACCUACACCCCUCCAGACACAUCGUCUGCCUCAGAAGAUGAGGGCUCUUUACGGCGACCCGGGCGACUCACCUCCACUCCGCUCCAGAGCCAUCCCAGCGUCGAGCCCUGGCUCGACCGGGUUGUUCAGGGCUCGUCCACCUCAUCUUCUGCAUCCUCCACCUCAUCUCACCCGGGAGGGAGACCGGCUGCUGCUCCCAGUGCCGCCACCACGCCGGGGGCCGCCUCUGCCACUGCGCUCGCAGGCCUCACAGCCCACGCCCACAUAGCAGAUCUUCACUCUGCCCCUCCCGACGUCACCACGGGCCUCGUGGAGCAUUCGCACUAUGAGCGUCCACAGGUGGCUUCUGUGAGAGGUGUUCCUCGGGGGUGCGGCGGGAGCGUCCUGGAAACGGCAGAUGGUGUCCCCGUGAACAGUAGAGUGUCCUCCAAGAUCCAGCAGCUUCUAAACACCUUAAAGAGGCCAAAGCGCCCUCCUCUGAAGGAGUUCUUUGUGGAUGAUUUUGAGGAACUAUUGGAAGUUCAGCAACCAGAUCCAAAUCAGCCCAAGCCUGAGGGAAAUCAGAUGGCAGUGCUGCAAGGGGAGCCCCUGGCUGCGGGGGGUCCCUGGCCUCCGUCACUGCUGGCCGCCUUGCAGCGGUGGGGCACCACACAGCCCAGAGCCCCCUGCCUGACUGCCCUGGACACGACCGGAAAGGCCAUCUGCACUCUCACCUACGGCAAACUUUGGAGUCGGAGUUUAAAACUAGCUUAUACUCUACUUAAUAAACUGACUAGUAAGAAUGAACCACUACUUAAACCUGGAGACAGAGUGGCGCUCGUGUUCCCAAAUAGUGACCCUGUGAUGUUCAUGGUUGCUUUUUAUGGGUGUCUCCUGGCAGAGCUGGUUCCUGUCCCCAUUGAAGUGCCAUUGACAAGAAAGGACGCAGGCAGCCAGCAGGUUGGGUUUCUCCUGGGCAGCUGCGGAGUCACCCUGGCCCUGACCACAGACGCUUGUCAGAAAGGCCUGCCCAAGGCACAGACAGGAGAGGUGGCAGCUUUCAAAGGUUGGCCGCCCCUGUCCUGGCUGGUGAUUGAUGGGAAGCAUCUGGCCAAGCCCCCCAAGGACUGGCACCCUCUGGCCCAAGACACAGGCACCGGGACUGCCUACAUUGAGUAUAAAACCAGCAAAGAAGGCAGCACGGUGGGAGUCACGGUGUCCCAUGCGUCCCUGCUGGCGCAGUGCCGGGCUCUGACCCAGGCAUGCGGGUACUCGGAAGCUGAAACAUUAACAAAUGUGCUGGAUUUCAAAAGAGAUGCUGGUCUCUGGCAUGGAGUGUUAACAAGUGUCUUGAACAGGAUGCAUGUGGUCAGCAUCCCCUACGCACUGAUGAAAGUCAACCCGCUCUCCUGGAUUCAGAAAGUGUGUUCCUAUAAAGCCCGGGCUGCACUGGUGAAGUCCCGCGACAUGCACUGGUCUCUCCUAGCUCAGCGAGGUCAGAGGGACGUCAGCCUCAGCUCGCUGCGCAUGCUGAUUGUGGCCGAUGGCGCUAACCCAUGGUCGAUAUCCUCCUGUGACGCCUUCCUCAACGUCUUCCAGUCCCGAGGUCUGAGGCCAGAGGUCAUCUGUCCUUGUGCAAGCUCUCCUGAGGCGCUGACAGUCGCCAUCCGCAGGCCACCUGAUCUGGGAGGGCCUCCUCCAAGAAAAGCCAUCCUGUCCAUGAACGGUCUGAGUUAUGGUGUGAUCAGAGUUGACACCGAGGAAAAGUUGUCCGUCCUUACUGUUCAGGACGUUGGUCAAGUGAUGCCUGGAGCCAACGUAUGUGUUGUGAAGGUAGACGGUGCCCCUUAUCUUUGUAAAACUGAUGAAGUUGGAGAAAUAUGUGUCAGUUCCAGCGCAACUGGAACAGCAUAUUAUGGAUUGCUUGGAAUCACCAAGAAUGUAUUUGAGACUGUUCCGGUCACCGCAGGAGGGGUGCCUGUCUCCGAUAGGCCUUUCACCAGGACGGGCCUGCUGGGCUUCGUCGGGCCUGAUAACCUGGUGUUCGUGGUGGGCAAGCUGGAUGGGCUGAUGGUUGUUGGAGUUCGCAGACAUAACGCAGAUGACGUUGUGGCCACCGCAUUGGCCGUGGAGCCCAUGAAGUUUGUCUACAGAGGCAGGAUCGCCGUGUUCUCUGUGACCGUCCUGCACGAUGACCGCAUCGUCCUGGUGGCAGAGCAGCGGCCCGACGCCUCAGAGGAGGACAGCUUCCAGUGGAUGAGCCGCGUGCUGCAGGCCAUCGACAGCAUCCACCAGGUGGGCGUGUACUGUCUGGCCCUGGUUCCUGCCAACACCUUGCCCAAGGCUCCUCUUGGAGGGAUUCACAUUUCCGAGACCAAACAGCGCUUUCUGGAAGGGACACUGCACCCGUGUAACGUGCUGAUGUGCCCGCACACCUGUGUCACCAACCUUCCCAAGCCUCGUCAGAAACAGCCAGAGGUGGGACCAGCCUCCAUGAUUGUGGGAAACCUGGUUGCUGGGAAGAGGAUCGCGCAGGCCUCUGGGAGAGAGCUUGCCCACCUGGAGGACAGCGACCAGGCUCGGAAGUUCCUGUUCCUGGCCGACGUGCUGCAGUGGAGGGCCCACACCACUCCUGACCACCCGCUGUUUCUGCUGCUGAAUGCCAAGGGCACAGUCACCAGCACUGCAACCUGUGUCCAGCUGCACAAAAGAGCUGAAAGAGUGGCCGCAGCUCUGAUGGAGAAGGGAAGACUGAACAUUGGGGACCAUGUGGCUUUGGUCUAUCCCCCAGGUGUGGACCUCAUUGCUGCCUUCUACGGCUGCCUGUACUGCGGCUGCGUGCCUGUCACCGUGCGGCCCCCACACCCCCAGAACCUCGGCACCACGCUCCCCACCGUCAAGAUGAUCGUGGAGGUCAGCAAGUCCGCGUGCGUCCUCACCACGCAGGCGGUCACGCGGCUGCUCCGGUCCAAGGAGGCGGCCGCUGCAGUGGACAUCAGGACCUGGCCGACCAUUCUGGACACAGAUGACAUCCCAAAAAGGAAGGUAGCUAGCAUUUUCAGGCCCCCCUCCCCAGACGUGCUGGCGUACCUGGACUUCAGCGUGUCGACCACAGGCAUCUUAGCGGGCGUGAAGAUGUCGCACGCGGCCACAAGUGCCCUGUGCCGCUCCAUAAAGCUGCAGUGCGAGCUGUACCCCUCGCGGCAGAUCGCCAUCUGCCUGGACCCCUACUGCGGCCUGGGCUUCGCCCUGUGGUGUCUGUGCAGUGUCUACUCGGGACACCAGUCGGUGCUGGUGCCUCCGCUGGAACUAGAGAGCAAUGUGUCCUUGUGGCUGUCGGCUGUCAGCCAGUACAGGGCCCGCGUCACCUUCUGCUCCUACUCUGUGAUGGAGAUGUGUACCCGGGGGCUGGGCACCCAGACAGGCGUCCUCAGGAUGAAGGGGGUGAACCUAUCAUGUGUGCGCACAUGCAUGGUGGUGGCCGAGGAGCGGCCCAGGAUCGCGCUGACACAGUCCUUCUCCAAGCUGUUCAAGGACCUGGGCCUGCCUGCCCGCGCCGUGAGCACCACGUUCGGGUGCAGGGUCAACGUGGCCAUCUGCCUCCAGCCCAACAGGCUGGGAAAGCUGGCUGAGCAGGGCACAGCCGGCCCGGACCCCACCACCGUCUACGUGGACAUGCGGGCGCUGCGCCAUGACAGGGUACGUUUGGUAGAACGGGGUUCUCCACACAGUCUGCCGUUGAUGGAGUCUGGAAAGAUCCUCCCUGGAGUGAAGGUCAUCAUUGCACACACAGAGACCAAAGGGCCCCUGGGAGACUCACACCUGGGCGAGAUCUGGGUGAGCAGCCCCCACAACGCCACGGGGUACUACACAGUCUAUGGGGAGGAGGCACUCCAUGCCGACCACUUCAGUGCCCGGCUGAGUUUUGGGGACACCCAGACCGUUUGGGCAAGGACUGGCUACCUGGGCUUCCUCCGAAGAACAGAGCUCACCGAUGCCAGUGGAGGACGGCAUGAUGCGCUGUAUGUGGUUGGGUCUCUGGAUGAAACACUGGAGCUGAGAGGCAUGCGGUACCACCCCAUUGACAUCGAGACGUCUGUGAUCCGAGCACACAGGAGCAUUGCCGAGUGUGCUGUGUUCACCUGGACCAACCUGCUGGUGGUGGUGGUGGAGCUGGACGGGCUGGAGCAGGACGCGCUGGACCUGGUGGCCCUGGUGACCAACGUGGUGCUGGAGGAGCACUACUUGGUUGUGGGCGUGGUGGUCAUCGUGGACCCGGGUGUCAUCCCCAUCAACUCCCGGGGAGAGAAGCAGCGAAUGCACCUGCGGGACGGCUUCCUGGCCGACCAGCUGGACCCCAUCUACGUGGCCUACAACAUGUGAGCGCGCGCACAGCCCUAGGUGCUGGAGACGGGCGCCACCCGGUGGGUCGAAGGCGUGGGCGUGCGGACGGCUGCAGAGCCCCCACCGGGAGAACGGAGUCUGGUCUCCAUGAUGACUCGCCCCUUCCUGUGCUUCACAGAGCCCCUCCGCAGUUCCCAGACCUCACUUCAGAAAGCACUCGCUGGAUUUCUUAACUAUUUUCAGUCUGCCAAGUACUUUGACAAAAACAUGGAAGCCGGUGUUCUGACAGAUGGAGCGGCUGGCAGAGGCAAGGAAGGGCCUGGCGUGUGCAUCGCGAGGCUUCUCAGACACCCUGGUUGUUCUCUGCUGUACUGCGAGUUUGCACUUUCCUUAGGCUAAAAAUAUAGUUCCUGAUUUUAAAAAUUCAGUUAUUUAUUUCUACUUGAAAUGACAACUUUGCUCAUAGAAUUCAGGCUGGAGAGAGCUGUGAGGCUGUGGGUCCAGCAGCCUGUCUUCGUCUCCCAGGCGGCUGAGCCCAGCAGGACGGGCAGCAAGGGGCACAUGCAGGCCCGCCCUUCCCGCUCGGGGGCCGCGCAGGGUCUCACAGGGGCUCCCUCUUUGCCAGUGUCUUCACGGAAACAGGUGUGCCAUUUUCUGAAUGUGUUGUCACUAACGCUCGUCAAGUGCCAUUUUGGACUGUCAAGUUAGAGGCUCUGUUUCAGAAAGAGAAGCCAGCAUUUAGUUUCAAAUCACUGUCCUGGCCUGUGACUUCGUGCCAUUUGGUUAAAUUGGUAGUUUUCAUAACACUACACCAUCAGUUCUUCUCGUGGAAGUGUACUGAUUUCCAGGUCACCAGGUUGGGAAGCAGUGGUAGCAAAGCCUAAGGUUUUCACACCCUCUGUGCUGUUCGGUGAGCCACCUGCAGGGCAGCAGGGCAGCAGGCGGCCUCGCCUCCUGGAGGCAGAGCUGGGCACCCUCGUCACUGGCCUCGCAUUUUGACUUGUGUGCCUGUGAAAUUUGGCCAAACCGUUUUCAGUUAUUCUAGUCAAACUUGACUAAGCUGAGUGAUCUAAAAGUACACUGAACCUAAAUCGAAGAAGAGAAUGUAAAAUCCUUUGGAUACUUCUAAGAAUUUGAAGUCAGGCAUGAAUUUAAGACAUAGAUUAUUUUUAUAUAACUAAGAAUAUGUUAUGAAAUUGUUGGGUUUUGGGGGGAUUGAGAGUGGGAAAUUUUAUGAAUCAUGCAUGCUUCACAGAAACACCAGAUUUUUCCAGAAUUAGCCUGGAUCAGUGCCUAACAAAGCUGUUAUUAAUUCUCUACAUAUGAGUCUGGCUAACUGGACCAACUCAUAUCUCUUAUCUGGCUACAGACAGCAGCGUGCACAGUAGCCCUGUUUGCCUGUGUUGUUGGACUGCGGUGUAGCAUGUUGCAACAUACUGGAAUUCUAAUAUUCCUGUUGUAAUUAUGUACAGAAUCUAUGUAACUUAAAAUUUGUCACACAUAGGUUUUAGCAGUGGACUAAUGGACAUUUUUAUGGCUGGGAAGGAAAAAGAACUACCUAACUCCAAUCUUAAUGUAGUUUUAUAGCAAACAAAAAUUGUAAACUUUUUGUAUUGAAAGGUCAGUGGCAGUAAGACAAAGUGUCUUGUAAAUUAAGAUUUUAAGAAAUGCAUUAAAAUGUUUUAGAAUUACUCUUGGGAAUCCUGUAUAUCACACUAAAAAUUUUUAUACCAUUAUGUUAAUAAAAGUUAUUAACUGUUUGUAA